GUGUAACUGUGAAUCGUGAAUUUUGUCGCGUACCAUAGAAUAGCCAGCCAUGGGUCUGAUUCGCAACAUCGCGACCUUUGCGACCGCUGUUGUCGGGUGGAGCGUCGGUAUCCCCUUCGUUGUCCAGGCGCGGAUGAACGGCUACGUUGAGCGCAACCUUGCCACCUACGACGCAGCACAACGACAAAAGGCCGAGGAGGCGGCUAUCGGCGGCCCUAUCACGUCUAGCGGAGGUCAUCACUGAGGCGAGCGAUGUUCGCUAGAGAGAGUCGCUAGCGAGCGGAAGUGAGGGGCUCUGGCUGUGUAUGGGAGGCUUGCGAGUAGAGGGAGCUGGUGUUCACUAGUGGGGAGGCAGGGAGGAGCGGCUUAGCGUGUCAGGUCGUGCCGUAGUGUGUUUUUUUUUGGCACGCGGUCACGCAAGGGGCAGGGGACAAGAACUGGGUAGGAAUGGUAGAGCUUACACGGUGUGCUGUGGUUGUAGAUGUUGUGUGAAUCCGCUGCAGGCAGGACUCUUUUUCCGCAUGGCCGCUAGCCUUGUAAGGCAUACGCGCA